CCUAUGGUUGGGUCCCGCAAGCUAGCAGAUGCGGAAGGGUGUGGCGGGUGCGCGUUGGAAUAGAAUGGAAGCAGCCAAAAACUUGCUUCCGAGCUCUGGAUCCUUCUUCGUCUCUGCUGCUGACCACGCAGCCAUUCGAUCUUUGAUCCUUGGUGUUUUGGCGGAUACCCUUGCUACCCUUCCCUCCACUUCCACACCUUCCAUAGCUGGCUAGACAGAUACCGUAAUAGAUCCCCACCAUGCCUCGCUCUUCCUCUCGUCGUCGCGGCAAACGCAGCAAGCGAGAUGAUGACGAAGAUAACGAACAAGAAGAAGACAACGAUAACAAUGUUGCUGCCGAGGUCAAUCCAGGUGGCAAUCGUCAACUUCCCUCCGCUGUCCGAGCCCGCCAACGUGCCAUUGCCGAGCGAGAAGCCGCUCGAUUGGCCCGUCCCGAACGCCGUGCGACUUCGACGUUGGGACAUGCCGAUCGCAAGAAAUCCGCCGUGACAUCGACACCCUUUGGAAUUUUGGCCAGCUCCAAUGCUUCGGCGGGAGCAGAAGAAGAGAGCACUGGUUGGUGUGGUCCCUUUACCGUGGCGCGUCAAAUGAUUGCGGCCCGCGAAGAUAUCAAGCGACAACGAGAGGCCGACAUGGAAGAUACGGCUGCUGCUGGUACCGAUGAGAAUCAUCCGCUGGAUCAAGCCAUGCAAGAAUUAGAAGAAGAAAAACGAAAACGAGCUCAUCCCUCUUUGCAAUGGAAAUCCCGUGUGGUCACUCCCGAUGCUGCAGCAGCUACUACCAAUAAAAAGAAGAAACAACGCAUUCAAUUACCAACUCAAAGUCAAAACAAGAACAAAAUUCCCUCACUCUACCAAUUGUGUGUCGAUUUUGUCGUGACCAAUUUUGAUCACGUCGAAGCUUUGGGCAAUGUGGGUCACGACAUUCGCACGUCGAUUGCCCAUUCGUUGGCGUCGCAGAAUCGACUCGAUGCCACCGCCUUGGCGGCCCUCACCGAAGACCAUUUGGAAGCAUUGGAAUUGGUCGAUUGUGCCGAUAUUCCACAGGACGCUCUCGUCGACUGCAUUCAAAACAAAGCGUCCCAGUCGCUCCGGUAUUUGCAAUUGGAUCAAGCCGGACGCUGUUUUGGAAAACAGACGGUGGAGACCUUGAUUGGCAACAAAAAGAAAGGCAGUGUCCCACUCUUUGCCCUCAGCAUUGGAGGAGCCUACUUGUUGAAAGAUGACGAUGCGGCUCGACUCAUUGCCGCCCUGUCCUCCACACUCCAAUCCUUGGCAUGGAAGGCAUGCCCCUUGUUGGGCAUGGAAUUUUGCAAAAGCAUUCCCGCCAAUUUUGGUGGUGCAACAACCCAACAAACGACAUUGCUGGAAUUCUCGCUGGAAGACAUAACCUUGUCGCGAGAAUCUUGGGAAGCACUGAUUAUUCAAAACGACAGUGAUGGAACCGAUGGCUACAAAUGGCAACGCAAUCUCAAGAGUCUGACACUCAAACGCGUCACCAAUCUACAAGACGACCUCGUCGUCUCACUCCUCCAAGGAGCACCCAAUCUGGAACAUGUCGAUUUGAGUGACAAUUAUGAUUUGACCGAUGCCACCCUCGCGGCGUUGCGCCCUUCUUCCGGUUCUUGUUUGAGAUCUCUUCACUUGUACCAUCUCCGAAAACUCACAUCCGUGGGAUUGGAGACGCUCUUUACGCCGGGAUUGGAGGGAAUGGGGCCACCGCCACAGCUCAAAGUACUCAAUCUAAGUCAUGCCAGUGUCGAUGCCGUCACGGAUAACGUCAUGGAGUUGGUCUUGCAGAGUGCUUCCAUGAAGACACACACGACAACAACAGCCGUGGAUGCAGGCUUGUCGCUCCUCGGUGGAAUGGUUCGUUUGGAAUUGCAGGGGGCGGCCAUUACCGACACGACGUUGGAACGGCUUGUGGCAACCAGCGCCAAGACGCUCGAGUAUCUUCAGGUUUCCUUUUGCCCUCACAUUACCGAUCAAGGGCUUGGGUAUCUGGUGGAUUCGCUCGGAAAUCAGCUCGAAGAAGUGCAGAUUUGGGGAUGUGCUCAAAUCACGGAAAAGUUUUGGAACGGCCAUGCCCGGGCGGUGUUGGUGGAGGGUGACAAACCAGGCGGCACCAGUUUUGCAGCAGUAGUGCCGCUGCAAAUCACGGGAGCAUGGAUGAAAAAGAGUGGUAUUGCCUCGAUUCGUUCCUGA